AUGCUUGAAGGCGACAUCACCUUCGAAUGCGGUCACUAUCACUACUAUCCCGAGCCAACUCCUCAUGCCAACUGCAUCCGUCAGGGAACUUACGUGUAUGAACCCGAGCGGGAUGGUACACCAGGUGGACCGGUUCAUCAUUGGGUCCGGCGGGAUGGGAAUGACAAUAUAGUGGGACCCGAUUCUGACCCCUCGUUGCGAGUACCUCUAGAGGCACCAGAAUCCGUGACGGGCAAGGGUUAUAGAAUGCCAGAGCGAGUACGGAUAUCAGAACUGCUACCAGGACCGGCACUGGCACGCACUCCUAGCGGUACCCUUGAGGCUAGUUUACGACGAAGACUAAAGCAGGAGUUGAGGGAGAGAAAUCGUGCAGAACGAAGACGGCCUCAUGUAAAUUCCGGGGGGGCGGAAGCAAACAACGACAUCAAAGAGGAUAUACGAGGCGACGUGCAGGUCAUAUUAGAAAAGGAACUCAGGGACCUGAUGAAAAGAAAAACGUAUCAGGACAUGACGGAGGAGGAAGUGAAGAGGGAGGCAUGGAGGAUUACUUAUGCUGAAGUGAAUCGGGUAUUGCUGAGGGAGAUGCACGAUAUGAUGGAAGAGACGAAGGAAAUCUUGGAUCAGGAUUUGACGAUGGUGCUGGAGAGGGUGAAAGAGGGGGUCUCUAAAGAGGAGGUGACGGAGGAGGUGAAGGAGGAGGUGAGGGUAAAGGAGGAAUCGGAGUAG